UGAGAUAAAACUAGCAAAUCCAGACUAGUACUUUUCCAGUUGUUUUGUUAUUUCGUAUUUACAUCUAUGUAAUGCUUUGUGUCGAUUAUUAAAUCCAGCAAAACAGUUUUUUUUCAUUUCCAUGACUACUUUAGGUUUGAUGGCAUGUUGACACAGUGGUCAAUGGUGGUACAAGUAUUUGUGGCAGUCAUGUACAUAUGUCUGCAGAUGUUUCUUUUGUGUUGAUCAUCAUCAAAUGGAUCAAAUUAAUCUCAAAAGAUUGUUAUGUCAGUACCUCACUGAGUAGAUUAGUUCAACGGUAACCAUGGCUACAGUUUCAGGAGUAUGAUGGGUACCAGGUAAUAGUAGGAUAAUAUACAAUGUCUCCAUGAAUUAGUGCUGGAACACUGAUCCAGGAGGAUACUCAACUCGAAAAUGCCUGAUUGUAAAAUACCGCAAUAUUCAGUAGAAGUGAGAAAUAUUUGCAGUAGAUCACUAUCUAUGCUUCUGGUCAUGCAAAACAGGUGCUCUAUAUAACGACCAAGUGUAAACAUCAGUCUCUACUAACCCAACACACACUGACUGGAUCGCAGACUAUGCAACUUUGUUCAAUAUGUUUAGGUUUUGAGUUGAAAUGGUUUUGCUAGUCAUAGGUUCAUUGAUGACAUCAUCCUUGUUCAUUGCUAUGAGGUGAGCAUGGGGGACCCAGUUGUCAAAGUCACAGCAAUUCGCUGUGCAGAGUUGCAUCCCUUGGCCCUGCCAGAAAUCAAACAUCACAGGUUCAAAUCCAGAUUUUCAUACCCUUGCUUGUGGGUUUUUCACCAAAGUGGUAAACGUCUAACAUGUGCAUCACUUUGGGCUUUCCUCCCACAUCAAGCGGACAUGUCAGGAUAUGACUGUAAUAGGGUUCUAAGCAGCGUUAACCCAACUCUCUCACACACUCUCUACGCAUAGCUAUUCAAUUCUAGCUGUCACUUACAUCAGCUAGGGACCCAGUCCAUGUUAAAUGUGUCAGUUUAACCCAAGGAGGAUUCCAGAAACAUUGAAAAUUGAGUGGGGAGGGCAAAAUUAUAGUUCUGCAACAUAUAUGUAAUUUUGGAUGGAAAAGUGACUGUCAGUUAUCUUUAUGAUUUUCAACAAUUGUGGACCCCCAGGAACUGCCUGUGUUCUCACUGUCCUGAGUCCUGGGUCUCCUGCUAAACAAACUAAAGAAAAGUCACAACCUGACUAUUGGACCGACCCAUGGUUGUGAUCUUCUUGGCUCUAUGAUUGUGGAACAGGGCACUGGAGGACAGGUAGCACAUUUCUAAUGGUGCCUCACAAUUUCUGUAGCACAAACUUUCCUGCAUUCUAUUUAUGUUCUACCUAUAUCUGUCAGUGUGUAUGUCUUAUUUAUGAAUCUUUAUCCCAAAUUUGGAUAAUGACGGUUAUAAUCUCAGUACCCCGGGUAAAUGAAUUUCUGUAUGUACUCUGUUAUGUUAUUUUAUUGGACUAUGAAAGCAAUCACAGAAAUGAUUCUAUCGUCAUCAUUGUCAUCCACAUCCUCGUCAUCAAUGUCAUCGUUACCUGGUCAUCAUCUCCAUCGUUUACUUGUCAAGUACAUAUUAAUUACUCCUAUUGUCAACACUUAUUGUCAAAAGUAUUUAUGGGAAGUUGUUUAAAUGUAGUUAUUUUCCAACUCCAUUGAUUUUGUAUUCUCUCGGUUUUCAACCACAUCAGAACUAGUAUGUCAUCCAUAAUUUGCUUCCUUAAAUGUGAUGUAAUUCAUAGCUGAGGUUGUGGGUGGCCCAGUUGUCUUAGGCAUUGCACUUCACUGUGCAGAGAUGCGUCCCUAGGCACGCAAGAACCCUAGGUUCGUGGGUUUGAAUUUCAAUUCGCCUGAUUCUAUUUUAGGUUUGUUAGCGCCAUACCCGUGCUCGUGUUUUUUACCAAAGUAGUAAACGUCAAAUACCUCCAUCACUUUUUUCUGUGUCAAGCCGACACCAUAACAUUACUAAAAUACUGUCUAAGACAGCCUUAAACUAAACUCACUCACUCCUUGACAGCUUUCUGACACCCCACAUGGUAUUUCAAGGAGAAUAAAACUUAUGUUUUGCUCAUAUGUGACAGCUGUCAGUGACUACUUAAUAACUCCAUGGGGAAAAGACUUUUGAAGAAAUAUAUAAUUGUUUUGCUUUUCUAUAGGUAACACAGUAAUAUUUGUAUAUAAGAAAUUAGGCAAGACCAGGUUGUGUUCUUGUCUUUUUAGCCAACAAUGAAUAAUGAAUUUGAAAAGUCCUAAGCCAACCAAAUUCUGUAUUAGAUGAUACUUUUCUAACAUUUUUGUGGUUCAUAUUCUUGUUACUUACAAGAAUUGUAGGAAAUCAAUUCAAUUUUCAUUAAAAAAAAAACAAGCCAUGAAAUUUAUCUCCCAAAGAGUAAUAAUCAUUUUAUUGUAAAAAAUCCCCCAAAUGUGAAUCUGUUUUUAUUGAGAAUAUUCUUAUAACAUUGUUUUGCGUGACCAAAGUAACUGUUUUCUGCAAUCUGAGUUGUGGAUUCUUGUAGUCUUUCAAUUGCCCAUAUGACAUAGAUUCAGUUACAUGGGAACCUAAAUGUGAGCCAAAGCCUCAAUAAAAAGUAUUAUGUUUCUGGUCUUUUGAUGCAGUCUAUGCUGCAACAACAUUUCUUUCUUUUUUAAAAAAAGAAAAGAAAAAAGAAGAAGCUCAUUGAAUUGACACCCCAAAAGGCCUUAUUAUCUCCACACAUACACAGACCAAGGCAUCGUACAUUGUGUGCAGUUUGUACGUUCAUUUUUGGGGAAGCAGGUUAGAGUUACAUGCCCUUGGCUGAAAACCACUGCGUUGGCGAAAAUGAUGCAAACAGGGACCAGAACCAUAAUAUAUUUUUAAAUUUGAGCUAAUAUGUCCUUGUUGAUUGUUUUCUUGCAAACGUGUUCCAACUUUGUAUUGACUGUUUCUUGUGUAGCCUAUUGCAGGUUAGUGUAGUGUUGCCAACUGAAGACCUGUCAAGUUCCAGGAGCUAGAUGGUUAGGAUGCUGGUGUGAUUUUGUCCUGUUUCUUCAAAUUGUUGACAUUUGUUCCACCCUGGACAUGAACGGGUGUAUGUUGUGAAUACCUUAAUAAAGAUGGAUGGAUGUUGUGUAUACCUACAUAUGGAUGGAUGGAUGUUGUGUAUACCUUCAUAUGGAUGGAUGGAUGUUGUGUAUACCUUCAUAUGGAUGGAUGGAUGUUGUGUAUACCUACAUAUGGAUGGAUGGUGUGUAUACCUUCAUAUGGAUGGAUGUUGUGUAUACCUUCAUAUGGAUGGAUGUUGUGUAUACCUACAUAUAAAUGGAUGUUGUGUAUACCUACAUAUGGAUGGAUGUUGUGUAUACCUUCAUAUGGAUGGAUGGAUGUUGUGUAUACCUUCAUAUGGAUGGAUGGAUGUUGUGUAUACCUACAUAUGGAUGGAUGUUGUGUAUACCUUCAUAUGGAUGGAUGUUGUGUAUACCUUCAUAUGGAUGGAUGGAUGUUGUGUAUACCUACAUAUGGAUGGAUGGUGUGUAUACCUUCAUAUGGAUGGAUGUUGUGUAUACCUUCAUAUGGAUGGAUGUUGUGUAUACCUACAUAUAAAUGGAUGUUGUGUAUACCUACAUAUGGAUGGAUGUUGUGUAUACCUUCAUAUGGACGGAUGGAUGUUGUGUAUACCUUCAUAUGGAUGGAUGGAUGUUGUGUAUACCUACAUAUGGAUGGAUGUUGUGUAUACCUUCAUAUGGAUGGAUGGAUGUUGUGUAUACCUUCAUAUGGAUCGAUGGUGUGUAUACCUUCAUAUGGAUGGAUGGAUGGUGUGUAUACCUUCAUAUGGAUGGAUGUUGUGUAUACCUACAUAUGGAUGGAUGUUGUGUAUACCUUCAUAUGGAUGGAUGGAUGUUGUGUAUACCUUCAUAUGGAUGGAUGUUGUGUAUACCUUCAUAUGGAUGGAUGUUGUGUAUACCUACAUAUGGAUGGGUGGAUGUUGUGAAUACCUUCAUAUGGAUGGAUGGAUGUUGUGUAUACCUUCAUAUGGAUGGAUGUUGUGUAUACCUACAUAUGGAUGGGUGGAUGUUGUGAAUACCUUCAUAUGGAUGGAUGGAUGUUGUGUAUACCUUCAUAUGGAUGGAUGGAUGUUGUGUAUACCUUCAUAUGGAUGGAUGUUGUGUAUACCUACAUAUUGAUGGAUAUUGUGUAUACCUACAUAUGGAUGGAUGGUGUGUAUACCUACAUAUGGAUGGAUGGAUGGAUGUUGUGUAUACCUACAUAUGGAUGGAUAUUGUGUAUACCUACAUAUGGAUGGAUAUUGUGUAUACCUACAUAUGGAUGGAUGUUGUGUAUACCUACAUAUGGAUGGAUGGUGUGUAUACCUACAUAUGGAUGGAUGGAUGGAUGUUGUGUAUACCUACACAUGGAUGGAUGUUGUGUAUACCUACAUAUGGAUGGAUGGUGUGUAUACCUACAUAUGGAUGGAUGGAUGGAUGUUGUGUAUACCUACACAUGGAUGGAUGUUGUGUAUACCUACAUAUGGAUGGAUGUUAUGUAUACCUUCAUGUGGAUGAAAGGUGUGUAUACCUACAUAUUGAUGUAUGUUGUGUAUACCUUCAUAUGGAUGGUUGUUGUGUAUACCUACAUAUGGAUGGAUGGUGUGUAUACCUACAUAUGGAUGGAUGGUGUGUAUACCUACAUAUGGAUGGAUGGAUGGAGUUGUGUGUACCUUCAUAUGGAUGGAUGUUGUGUAUACCUACAUAUGGAUGGAUGGUGUGCAUACCUACAUAUGGAUGGAUGGUGUGUGUACCUUCAUGUGGAUGGUGUGUAUACCUACAAAUGGAUUGAUAAUGUGUAUACCUACAAAUGGAUGGAUAAUGUGUAUACCUACAUAUGGAUGGAUAGUGUGUAUACCUACAUAUGGAUAAUGAGUAUAGCUACAUAUGGAUGGAUGUUUUUUGCGUAUACAUGUAUCUGCAUAUGGAUGGAUGGAUGUUGGGUACCUACAUUUGGAUGAAUGGAUACAUGGAUGGUGUGUAUCCCUACAUUUGGAUGGAUGUUUUGAAUUCCUACAUACGUAUGGAUGGAUGUUGUGUAUACCUACAUAUGUAUGUGUUUAUGUUUUUUAUACCUUCAUAGCAUAUCUGGGAUGUGUUCUUGUACCAUCCCUGCUUCAUAAGAGUUAAAUGAAGAAUUUAAGGCUUUAGUUCUACUAAUUCAAAACAUUUAAUUACACAUAAGUGACAGUGUCAGCUUUAACAUCAUUAAUUUUCCAGGAUUAGUUGAAUUUAUGAGGCAAUCUUUUAGCAUUUAAACCACUCAGCAAUUUUGAGUGUUAGUGUUAUGAAGUUAGCUUUCAAAAAUGCAUUGAAUUUAAGUUAAGAUGUAUCUCAGCAUAGAAUCUCAAUCUGAUUUAUUUAUAAGGCACAACAAAAGUAUCACACUUAUGCUUAAUAUAUGCAAAUUUGACCAUGUCAUGUUACAUCCUUCACAUGUUAGGAUUCACCUUGACCUUCUUUUCAUUUUAAAAAUGAAACGUGAGUGAGUGAGUAUGGUUUUACGCUGCUUUUAGCAAUAUUCCAGCAAUAUCAUGUCGGGGGACGCCAGAAAUGGGCUUCAGCGAAACAAGCAAAUGCUUUAACCACUAGUCUACCCGACCGCCCCUAAAAGUCAAACAAAUUUUUUUAUCUAGAACAACAGGACCCACGGGAUUGUGCCACUUUCAUCCAUGUACUUUUAUGUUUGUUACCCUAGGCCUGACCAAUGUCCUUGUUAUACAGUCCAACCUGAUGUUUGCAAAAGUAACAAAGAAAUUUGUGCUAUGAUUGAAUGAAAACAUGUUACUUUUGACAUCCAUUUGGGUUUUGCUUCUAUUCAUAGUUUUUUGUAGGAGAUUAGCAUAAAUUAGCUCAGGCUUUAAUCUUUGUAACAUUUCCUUCAUUAUCUUAGCAUUCUGUCAGAACUGUGUAGUGACAGUUUUGUCUGGCCUCAUUGAAAUAUCAGUAUACCAUUAAGUGGGAAAUAUAGGUUUGGUGAAAAGGUUGUGUGUGUAUCGGCUGAAGUGGUACAUGGAACAUGAAGUGGGAUAUGGUACAUGCCAGGUGUUGGCAUGAUGUGUCCCUUGGUAUAUAGAAAUAAUGGCAUUAUGGAUAAGGUGGGGUAAAAAUCUAGUCUUAAAAAUGAUACUCUUGGUGUGCCUCUUAUGCACAUGUUAUGUUCUUUAAAACAAAAAUUAUGGUCAAAAUUGGCAUUAAUGAUUUUUGGGAUCUUUUUCAAAUCAUAACAACCUAUCCAAAUGUGCGCCUCAGUCUCUGAGAACUGAAUCAACUAUUCCUUCUGAUUCUUGGUCUACAGUAGCCAGGUCAGGGGUGCAUCAAUGUCUUGGGGAGGAACUUGUUCAUGAGUGCAAAACUGAUCCUGCUGAAAUAAGUUUAAUCUAAAGUCAAAUAUUAAGUUAUUCACUGUAGGAUAUGAACAUAAACAUCCAGAUGACGGGUCAAAAUAUUUAGAAAUGGGCCUUGUGGUGUGCUGCCAGUAAAUGUUAUGCUCAAUAGUUUCCUCUAAUUAUAUAGAGUAAUGCACCUAUUUAAAAGUCACAAUAUAUAAGCAAUAGUAUUACAAUAUGAUCAAUACCUAUUACCAUGAUAAUGUCUGCAAUGGAAUUUUUUAAGAUAAGCUUUGUUAAACUAUUUCUGUAUAAUAUGUCUAAUUUUCAUUGCUUUCAGAGUGAAAUAUACCAACAUAGGCAAUCAGCAUGAUCAGGUCUAUCAGUGAUAAGUGUUUUUGUUUGUUGGAGAGUGUGUUUUAUAUUCCUCUUGGUGGAAAUGGUACCCACUUUAUGAUAAACUUUACCAAUCAAAAGCAGGUAGUUUUAUUAUGGAGAAGAAAAUAUGUGAAAUAACAAAAUGUUUGAUGUGAAUGAUAAAACAGACAAUAAUGUAUUCAUUAACAAAACUGACAAUUCAUUAUACGAGUCACUGGAGAAGGAAUGCCAUAUUGACAGUAUGUCUUAUUGUUGUAUGAUUAAGACUUCUGGGACUUGUUUAGCCUGGACAAUAACUGUUAGUGUUCCUUCCAUGUACAAGGCCACCCAUCCUAUCUCUGUCAGCUGUUAUAGUCUAAUGUGUGUGUUGGUGUAUAUAUUUGUUACACAACAUGAUUGAAGAGUGUGGACAACAGUUGUCAAAGAGAAAUCCUGAAAUAAUAAACAAAAGUAUCAUCCUUAA